AUGCCUAGUCUCGAAGAACACUCGCCCUUCAAGGUUCUCAUUGUCGGAGGGUCUUAUUCUGGGUUGGCCGCAACUCUGAACCUUGUUGACUUGUGUCAUGGCCGGAAAUGUCGAUUCAAUCUGGAUGAGAACGACCAGGCCCCAGGGCACACGAUUCCCGUGCAAGUAACCAUCGUGGAUGAGCGCGACGGUUAUUAUCACCUUAUCGGACUGCCUUUAGCCAUAGCCUCCAACGCCGAUGCCAGCACAUUCUGGAAAAAGUUCGAGGAUAUUCCCGCUCUCCAGUCCCCUGAUAUCAGUCACAUCCAAGGACGAGUUGACUCGAUAGACUGUAAGUCCCGGAUUGCACGGAUCAGUCAAAACACUGCGAAUGAUGGGCACAAGAUUGUCGAAGAGAAAUACGACUACAUGAUUGCGUGCUCGGGCUUGCGAAGAGAGUGGCCUAGUGCGCCCAAAUCUUUGACUCGGGAGGCAUACCUUGCCGAAACUGCAGACUCCGUGCAGACUAUUGAGAAUGCCUCGAAGGGUGUUGUUGUUAUUGGAGGCGGUGCUGUCGGUAUCGAGAUCGCCGCCGAGAUCAAGAUGCUCCAACCUCAGGCAAAGGUAACCCUCGUUCACUCUCGGCAACAGCUGCUCUCUUCUGAGGACCUCCCCAAUGAUUUUAAAGCAAAGGCUCUUGAAAUGCUGAAAGAGUCCAAGGUCGAAGUGGUAUUGGGAGCACGCGUCCAGGAUACAGUUCUCGGUAGCGACUCCGCUCCGGCCAAGUAUACGCUCAAGCUCUCAGAUGGUCGAGAGCUCAUUGCCGACCAUGUAAUUAAUGCUGUGUCACGGUUUGCACCAACAUCCUCAUAUCUUCCUAAGGAUGCCUGCGAUCCGGAGGGAUAUGUCCGUAUCACGCCCGGUCUUCAAUUUUCCGCAGAUGUGCCGAACAAGAAAUAUCACUAUGCUGCCGGUGAUAUUGUCUCCUGGUCGGGUAUUAAGCGUGGUGGAGCGGCGAUGCACCAGGCGCACUUCGCAGCUGUCAAUAUCCACCAGCAUAUGUUAGCGGAGCGGUACAAUGCGGAACCCAAGUUCGUCGAGUUGGUAGAGGUAGCUCCCAUGAUGGCUUUGGCUCUUGGGAAAACCGCUGUUGGGUACUUCCCGACCAUGGGACUGUCCUCGGGCGACGAGAUCCGUAAUAUGUUCUUCAAUGAUGAUCUAGGAUAUGGAAUUUGCUGGAGAUGGAUGCGUUUAGGAGAAACAACUGAGUAA